AUGUGGAUCGUUGCGGUUCUUCCGCAGAGCUCGGAGAGAUGUGAGGCGAAUCGGUUCCAUUCCAUCCAACAACAAGCUCAUCAACGAUUGCAAUUCGCUGAAGCGACAAGCGUUGCCGGGAAUGCUGUAUGCCGCUCAUGGAUAAGAAGCCGCAGAUAUCAAUGUCAAUACGACUAUCAUUAUUUUGCUAUAAGCUCUAUUAUGCGGCUUCGGCUUCGGCUCGAACACAGCAUUGCUCAUUACUCGAUCAAAGCAGGGUUUCAGAUCAAAUAG